AUGCCCGACUGGAAGGCCAUGUUCGCCCCGGCGCCGUCCCUGGACGUGCCCGGCCUCGAGACCGUCGACCUCUCCGACAAGGAGAUGGAACGCCGCAUCGUCCGCAAGCAGGACAUCAGAAUCCUCCCCUGGAUCUGCGUGACCUACCUACUGAACUACCUCGACCGCGUCAACCUCGGCAACGCCCGCACGCUCAACAACGACACCCCCGAGGACAACAUUGUCAAGAUGCUCGACCUCACGGGCCAGCGGUACAACGUCGCCGUCGCCCUCUUCUUCGUCCCCUACGUGCUCAUGGAGUUCCCUUCCAACAUCAUGCUCAAGUACUUCUCCCCCUCCAAGUGGAUCUCCCGCAUCAUGGUCUCGUGGGGCAUCGUCACCAUCUGCACCGCCGCCUGCACCACCUACGGCGGCCUCCUCGCCGUCCGCAUCAUGCUCGGCCUCGCCGAGGCCGGCUUCUUCCCCGGCGUCAUGAUGUACCUCUGCUUCUGGUACAAGCCCGAGGAGCGCGCCACGCGCAUGGCCGUCUUCGCCAGCUCCGUCGCCGUCGCCGGCGCCUUCGGCGGCCUCCUCGCCACCGCCAUCUCCUUCCUCAACCGCCGCGGCGGCCUCGUCGGCUGGCAGUGGCUGUUCGUGCUCGAGGGCAUCCCCGCCAUCCUCGUCGGCGUCCUCGUCUGGUUCAAGCUGCCCGACUACCCCCAGACCGCCGCCUGGCUGACGCCCGAGGAGCGCGCCUUCGCCGUCAAGCGCCUCGGCCCCUACGCCCCCUCCAUGGGGGACAAGCACUGGGACGGCGCCGUCGCCCGCAAGACCGUCCACGACCCCUACUUCUGGCUCUUCGCCAUCAUGUACUUCCUCAUGACCAACUCGCUCAACGCCAGCGGCUUCUUCACCCCCACCAUCGUCGCCUCGCUCGGCUUCAAGGGCUACAACGCCCAGCUGCUCACCGUCCCGCCCAACGUCUUCGCCAUGUUCGUCAUCAUCGGCAACUGCCUGCACAGCGACAGGACCAAGGAGCGCUCGCGCCACGUCAUCGGCGCCCUCAUCUUCGUCGCCGCCGGCUACCUGCUCCUGGCCGUCGUGAAGCACUGGGGCGUGCGGUACCUUGGCCUCAUGAUCAUCGCCUGCACCAACGCCGCCGUCCUGCCCUUUGUUGCUCACCGCACCGCGACCGUCCAGGGGUCCACGGCGACCGCCCUCGCGACGGGCGGCAUGAUCGCCAUCGCGAAUUGCGGCGGCAUCUCGGCUCCCUUCCUCUUCCCGAGCACCGACUCCCCCAUGUACAGCAUGGGCAACUGGACCAUCUUCGCCUUCCUCGUGGUCACGGCCCUGCUGACGGGCUACGUCUGGUACGUCUUCGGCACCCACUCGGGCUACCGCACGGGCGCCAAGGACGCCGCCGGCAACCUCGAGGUCCUCGACGGCGCCAGCGACCCGGACGAUCUCAUGGACAAGAAGAUGGACGUGGUGGCGGACCACGACAAGAAGGACGAGGAGGCGUAG